AUCCAUAUGGAGGAUGAGUCUCCUUCUUCUCGAGGAAUCAGUGCCAAGGUCUUGGAAGCAACAUUAUUGUCAGCCCUGAAGAUGCUGGAUGUUGGGAAGUGGCCAAUUUUUUCUCUCUGUUCUCAAGAAGAGCUCAAGUUAAUUCGUCAAGCCUGUGUAUUUGGCAGUGCUGGUAAUGAAGUGUUGUAUGCAACUGAAAAUAAUGAGGUUUUUGUGCUUGGCAUGAACUGCAGUGGGUGUUUGGGAACAGGUGACAUGCAGAGCACUAUUGAACCAAGGAGGUUAGAUUCUCUGUGUGGCAAAAAGAUAGCCUGUCUGAGUUAUGGAAGUGGCCCUCAUGUAGUUCUUGCUACAGAAGAAGGAGAAGUGUAUACAUGGGGUCAUAAUGCUUAUAGUCAGUUGGGCAAUGGUACAACAAAUCAUGGUUUCAUUCCCUGUCAAGUCUCUACUAACUUGGUGAACAAGAAAGUCAUUGAAGUUGCCUGUGGCUCUCAUCAUUCUAUGGUGUUAACAUCUGAUGGAGAGGUAUACACAUGGGGUUACAAUAACUCAGGCCAAGUUGGAUCAGGUUCAACAGCUAAUCAGCCAAUUCCUCGAAGAGUUACCAGCUGCCUACAAAACAAAAUAGUAGUUAAUAUAGCUUGUGGACAGAUGUGCUCUAUGGCUGUGGUGGAAAAUGGAGAGGUCUAUGUCUGGGGUUACAAUGGUAAUGGCCAGCUUGGACUGGGCAGUGGUGGCAAUCAGCCGACACCAUGCCGAAUAGCAGCUUUGCAAGACGUUCGUGUAAAGCGGGUUGCCUGUGGCUAUGCACAUACAUUAGUACUAACAGAUGAAGGUCAGAUUUAUGCCUGGGGAGCCAAUUCAUAUGGUCAGUUAGGUACUGGGAAUAAAAGUAACCAGUCUUACCCUACAACAGUUGCUGUGGAUAAAGACAGGUAAUACUAAUAGUUGUGCAGUCAGAUACCAGUUGGUAUGCUCUCAGAAGAGCUACAGAAAAUUAUGUCAUUUUUAAUGUAUUUUUUUUUAAAUAACCUAUAAUGUUUUACAAUGGUGGUUCUGCUAAAUGUGAACAGA